AUGGCGGACGGGGCGCGCUCGCUGCGCGGCGGCAGCCCGGCCUCCAGCCCGGCGCUGGGCGGGCGGGGCCGCGCCGCGGUGGCGGCGGCGGCGGCGGGAAGCAGCCCGCCGGGCCACGGCUUCCGCAGGGUGACCCUCACCAAGCCCACCUUCUGCCACUACUGCACCGACUUCAUCUGGGGGCUGGCCGGCUACCAGUGCGAGGUUUGCAACUUCAUGUCUCAUGAAAAGUGCCUCAAGAAUGUCAAGAUACCAUGCUCAUGUAUUGCUCCCAGCCUUGUAAGGGUUCCAGUUGCACACUGUUUUGGGCCUCCAGGACAUUACAAAAGAAAGUUUUGCACUGUGUGCAGGAAGUCACUAGAGUCACCUGCCUUUCGAUGUGAAGUUUGUGAGCUACAUGUGCACACAGACUGUAUCCUGUUUGCUUGCAGUGACUGCCGGCAGUGUCACCAGGAUGGGCACCAGGACCACGAUACUUACCACCACCACUGGAGGGAGGGAAACCUUUCUUCAAGCGCUCGUUGCGAAGUUUGCAAAAAAACCUGUGGCUCUUCUGAGGUGCUGUCUGGCAUGAGAUGUGAAUGGUGUGGCAUCCUGGCUCAUGCUGCUUGCUACAUAAUUGUCACACCAGAAUGUACUUUUGGAAGAUUAAGGAAUAUGAUUCUUCCUCCAAGCUGUGUGCAGUUAUUUUCUCGCAACUUCAGCAAACUGCAUUGUUUUCGAAUAUCAGAAAAUUUGCAAACAGAAUCAGAUGAAGAUGACGAUGUUGAUGGGUCAACACAGGGAUCAGCAAAAGAUGUCCAAAUUUCAACAGAUUCAAGUAAACAAACAUUAAAGAUAUUUGAUGGGAAUGAUGCAAUGAAACGCAAUCAAUUUCGACUGAUUUCAGUUCCAAGGAUUGCAAAAAAUGAAGAAGUUGUGGAGGCUGCUUUGAGGGCAUACUACAUAAAUGAUGACCAGCAGGAGUAUGAGCUUCAGACCUUUACACAGCAGGCACUAUUGUCUGAUGAUGUUAUCAACAGGAAUGAUGCUGCAGAGGACAGCAACUUGGGCUCAGUAUUCCGCGAAUCCACUCCUGAAGCUUGGGUCAUAAGAGCCAAACCAAAGGAUGAGGAAGUGAUCAGAAUUUAUCCUGCCUGGCUGAAGGUGGGAAUGGCAUAUAUUUCUCUACGAGUAAAUAAGGAUAGCACAACACAGACUGUGAUCAAAGAAGUGCUUCCAUUACUUGGAAGGCAGACGGAGUGUCUCCAGAAUUUCAAACUGGUGGAAGUGCUUAUGGGCAGUAAGCAAGUUCAGCGCAUGGUCUUGGAUAAUCAGGAACUGAUUCUUAACAGACUCAAGGACAUAAGAAAGACUUCAAUACGUCAGAUGAAUCAAACGAGAUUUUACAUUGUGGAAAACAGUAAAUCCAUUGUACGAGUAAAUUUAUUUGUUGGUGGACUUCCACCCCAGCUUACCCCUGAGGAAUACACAAAUAUUCUCAAGGAUGAAUUAGCUAUCAAAACAAAUGUAGUAUCUGUGAGUCACGUCUAUCAAGCACAAGGUGCUGUUGUACUUGAAAUUUCAUGCUUUUCUGAAGCUGAAAGAAUAUAUAUGCUAGUUAAAGAUACAACUGUCAAUGACAAGCCUCUGAAUGCCGUGGUGAUUCCUGAAGUUAGGGCUUCCAAAAUACCACAGAACUGCUGCCCACUUCUUGUAUUUGUGAAUCCAAAAAGUGGUGGUCUAAAAGGUCGGGAUCUGCUGUACAGUUUCAGAAAGCUGCUAAACCCACAUCAGGUCUUUGAACUUACCAAUGGUGGCCCGCUGCCUGGGUUUCACACGUUCUCUAAAGUCCCCUCCUUCCGAGUGCUGGUGUGUGGAGGGGAUGGGACCGUCGGCUGGGUCCUUGGUGCUCUGGAGGAGAUCAGGCACAAGCUGGUGUGCUCAGAGCCCUCAGUUGCUAUCUUACCUUUAGGAACAGGUAAUGACUUAGGGAGGGUCUUGCGCUGGGGAGCUGGCUACAGUGGGGAGGACCCCUACUCGAUUUUGGUUUCUGUGGAUGAGGCAGACGACGUUCUUAUGGAUCGCUGGACUAUCCUUUUGGAUGCAGAAGAGCCAGCUGAAGGUGCAGAGAAUGGCGUUGCAGAACCUGAGCCUCCAAAGAUUGUACAGAUGAACAAUUACUGUGGUCUUGGCAUUGAUGCAGAGCUGAGCUUGGACUUUCAUCAUGCUAGAGAAGAAGAACCAGGGAAAUUUAAUAGCAGGUUUCACAACAAAGGAGUUUAUGUGAAAGUUGGGCUGCAGAAGAUAAGUCAUACCAGAAAUCUUCACAAAGACAUAAAGCUUCAAGUGGACCAGCACGAGGUGGAGUUACCAAGUAUAGAAGGACUCAUUUUUAUUAACAUACCCAGCUGGGGGUCCGGAGCCGAUCUCUGGGGGUCUGAGAACGAUAACCGCUUUGAGAAACCACGCAUUGAUGACGGCCUGCUGGAAGUUGUUGGUGUGACUGGCGUCGUUCACAUGGGUCAAGUUCAAGGUGGUUUUCGAUCAGGAAUCCGUAUAGCCCAAGGCUCGUAUUUUCGUGUAACACUCCUAAAGCCAAUUCCAGUUCAAGUCGAUGGAGAGCCCUGGAUGCAGGCCCCUGGCCGGAUUAUUAUUUCUGCUGCAGGACCAAAGGUCCAUAUGUUGAAAAAGUCCAAGCAGAAACAGAAAAAAACUGGAAGCCUGAGAGAGAUGAGAGUGGAUAGCAGCAUGUCAGUCUCUGAAGGAGGACGCUAAGUGGAGACCUGUGCUCAGAAGUGAAGCAUCAUACCUACUGUAGAUGCCAGGACGGUUCAGUAAAACCGAGUGCAGACAACUAGUGAAGAGAGUUGCUUAUGAGCGUGCCUUUCAUUACAUUUUGAUAGUACUGGGUUCUACUUCGUCUUUCAAAGAUAGUGCCUCAUUGUUACAAAUAACUAUGAUUUACCACUUGUCUCAUCUGAAAUGUUUACUUUGGGUUGCUUUUCCAUAAGCCAUUUCCCCAUUUUUCAUGUAUAUAGAAACUGAGGCCAAACAGAGAUUCCAAGGUGCUGAGAUUUCUGCAUCUUCACAAAGAAUCUUCCCCUCCUCCCAGCUUUUUCUUUAAGAAAAUAAUGCCAUAGAUAAAUUUUGGUGCAUUGUUCCAUAAAUUGUGUUCCUUUAAAUUAAUGCUCAUGGUAGCCUCCCAACCAAAAAAAAACCACAAAGACAUGAGCUCCUUGGAUCAGUCCAAACAGUACAGCUGAAGCAGCACGACCAUAAAGAGGAGAAUGCAAAACAUGGGAGAGAUUAUUUCUAUAAAAGGAGCCCUAUGCACUAGGAAGAUAGAAAGGACUAGAACAGUUGAGUCAAAAUAUUUGAGAGAGUUUACUUCAACAGUAUUUGGACAGUAUAAAUGAAAGGGAAACGGCUUGUAGAGCAAGUUUUCAACUGCAGCUUAGUGUCUCCUAUUUAUUCAGCCAAAGGCUGCUUUAAAAGGCUUUUGAAUUUCAGCAACUACCACUCUAACGUAAAAAAGGAACAAGACCACCUGAGGCAGUAGUACAGUGUAUUUUUUUUUUUUUUCUAUCAUUGAAACUAUUAUCUUGGACAGCAGACUUCCUUCUUGUCUUCACUUGUGCUGUUCCAUUUUCGUUAAUAUGUCACAGUUGGACUGUUUUUUUAUCAGCAAGCUCAAAGACUAAAAGAGUCAUCACUAAUUAGGGUAAAAGAAGUACCGUUUAGUGUUCGCUUCAGUAAAUGAGCACAGUCAUAUGUUAGAGCUGAACUGAAGUACAGCGUAGCUUCACUGAGGAGCCUGAGGAGGUACUGAAACCUGUAGCAUGCAUGUAACAUGUUGUAGGCUUCAGGUAACUGGCAACGUGAUAGCCGUCAUGAAAACUCAGUUACCUGGUCAGCCUUCUGAUGUCCUUGGUGGGUGUUGUUAUCAGGCGUGGGCCCAGGGACACAGUGACUGUCUUUUCUCACUUGGAUGAGUGUGUGCUCUUCAGAGGCUGUUCCCUGUCAGCUCCUGUGAGAUCCAGGUCACCUCUCUGUGCUUACCCAUCCGCUGAAGAUGUGGGGAUCCAGUACUUCUUUCACAGCUUCCUGCUAGAGACUGGUGCUAGAGCAGACACGCUGGUCCUGUCCUACACUACAUGUAUCUCCAGUCCGUGGCUGUAGUCAUGCUGGUCUUCACUUGCAUCUCUGCUGGUCUCCUCUGACCCCAUGGCUCUCCAGUGACUGAACCUUUCACUUCAUAUCAACAUCAUACACCAGGGGCCCUCUGAGCCAGCUGUGGUGCAGGGGGCCUGCAUGGUUUUGCCACUUGUAUGCAUCUGCUGCUUGGAGUUCCUUAAACCAUGUUGGCCAGAGCCCACUUAAGCUAGCCAGUGGGCUUACUUGUCCUCUGUUGCACAGUAAUACCUAAUUCAGCUAUGGAUGGAAUGAAUUCAUCACUCAAGUGGCAGCUUUAGGAGUGUUCUUCUUGCCAGUGUGUCUAGUGAAACAUCUCCAGCUACUUCAGGAGACUUCAGUGUAACUUUGAAGUAUGCAAAAGCCGUUUUGUGUUGGAGGCGGUUACAUGCCGAGGCAGUUCUUGUGGAAUCUUGUUGAUCAAUCUGUACUCUGAGCACUGUGCCAGCUUCAGUAACAUCUGAGCAUUAUCUGUGCUUUCUACUGCCCAGUCAUGGUGCAGAUGAGUGUGUGCUGCAAGACUAUAUACCUAUAGCAACCGCAUGAUACAGCUAAAGCUAUAAACAGACAAAACAGCCAUGCAAAACUGACAACUGCCUGCAGCCUCUCCUUCCUGUCCAGUGAUUCCUUCUGUUCUUAGUGUUCUGGUAGGGAUACCUUUGGAGGACUGACUCCUAUUUUUAAUUAAGCCAGUUAUUGUUUAAAGUGUUAAUUUAAUAUUAGGGAUGUUCUUCAGGUACUACCAUGUGGACUGUAACUUACUUUUUUUAUUCAACAUGCAGACUGGACUCAUGGUAUGAAGUGUGGAUAGCACAGAGCUAAAAUCCUCAUCUCCUGAUCGUUGAACACAGGUCUGUGUCUGUGUCGGGACUUGGGCAUGAAGGAUCAUCUGGAGCUCUUCUGGCAUCCUAGUACCUGCAUUACAAGUAGGAAGGGUAAAGUGUUGUGGUUUAGGGUAUGUCCCCUCAGGAUGAAGCUUACAAAUUGGAGAGGAAAUCUGAAAUAGAUUGCUGCUUGUAAUUGUCCAGAAAGCCAGAGAAUCUGCUUUGUGUCCUCAGGGCAGCAGAAAGAAUGCAUGGUCAUCUUUCCCAUUGCUGACUCAGUAAUGGAGAGGAAGACUUGACUUUUUGUUGCAGAAAACAUGCAUGAGCUUUAGGCUUGCUGGUACUGACCAUCUUCUGCAGGCCAAGUAAAUAAACUUGUUUUGCUAUUUUCCCAGACAUCUAUAAUCCUGCAGCAUGCACCUGGGAGUGUUUCAUGCUCCUGGCUCAUUAAGGGCCUGGCUGUCUCUCACCUGAAAUAACAUUAAACUCUGGGCUCACAGUAUUUUAAUCAGAGGGCCCCUUAUUGUGGCAUAUCCUUCCAUGAGGAUUUUCCAUCCCUAGAACAUUGUAUGAGCCUGUCUCGGGGUAGUGUCGUGGUAGAAAGGCGCACAGAAGUAUGAAUGUGUUCUUGCAGCUGCCAGAGGGGACCCUGGUGGAGAACAGGAAGGCUUUGAGUUUCCUUUCUUCUUUCCCUUUUCUUUUUUUCUGGAAACCAACUCCUACAUGUUGUUUGAGCAGAUGAGUGCCACAAUGGAAUGAAAACCUAUCUUAAGAAAAAUACUCUUUGCAUUUAAGGUGUCUAUGCAUCAUAAAAUGAUGCUUAGUGUGUUUUGAAGACAAAACAGGUUCCUGGGCAGUUGAGAUAGGAAAGUUCCUGUAAAGCUUUUAAAAGGAGAGACUCACUAUUUAACCCCUUUAAGAUGUUGCAGUUUCAGGUACUGUAAAGGCCAGUACAUCAGGAAUUCUUUUUCUUUUUUUUUUUUUUUGACAUUUUCAUCACACACAGUAUCUGAGAAUGCCUAGUAUCUUCUUUCAUAGUAUGUAAGACUUGCUUGACGAGAGGAGGUAACUCUUUGCAGUUAAUACAAAACAUGUAGACUUAGCCUCUACGUUGACCAAAACAGUGCAGUAUAAUUUGCAUGAUAGUGUGCAUGAUAAAUAUGUACAUGUAAUAAAUGUACAUGAUAGUAUACUUGAUAAAUGAUUCUCAGCACUGAGUCUUUGAGUGACACUGUGAGAGAGGCUAGUGGUCAUACGGCCAAGUACUUUAAAUACUGCAAUAAUGAAAGUGUUGGGGAAGAGGCUUGGUUCUGUCAGGACAGGUGUUAGUCAACAUCAAAGACACAGGACCAGGAACUAUAAUCUGUAGAGAGGGAGGAGAUGCAAGCUCGUUGCUAUCCUGAGCACACUCCUUCAUCGUCUCUCCACUGCCCUGCCUUUUUACUUUGCCAAGCAAAGCCAAGCUACCAGGCAUCAGUAGCACAGCUAGCAUCUCUCCUGCUGAGAUACUUGCUCCUGACCUUUUACUUGUGUCCUGCUGGGCAUUGCCAGCAUGGGGAGAGAAGGGUCCUGAACAUCAUGAUGCGUUUCAAACACCCCACUCUUGCAGACAAGAGAAGGUGGUCAGUUGGUUAAAAUCUGUUUUGGUUGGUAAACACAUUACCUCUGUCUUGAAUUAGGAGAACUGAAAUUCAAAAGCUCAUCACUGAGAUACAGGUGCUACUUCAGAAAAGUUGCUGCUUUUUCCUCAUGGUUUUACACUUGUGUAUAGCUUAAAUUGCAGAUGUUUUCACUGCAUUGAUUUUUAAACAGUGUUAUUUUGCCAAAACCUUUCUGUUUAUUUACAUAUAUGUGUGUGUACAUGUAAGUGUAUACAUACAUAUGCACACACCCUUUAAAAAUGGGCCUCCUUACUGUAUUGGCUUUCUCAGUGCCUAUUUGUACAGCUUUCGCUGUGUUACAACAUUAUGAUAGCACUCACUUCUGAAGCUUUCUCUCACCGGUUUUGGACAGGACGCAGAGCUUGCUUUCUUACUGGUUCCACAGAGGUUCCCAGCACGUAUUUCUGCUGGACAUGUGCAUUCCAACAAGACAUGAUGGCAAUAUAGUGAAAGCACAACUGUGUUUAGAAUACUCUCUGCACGUGUACAGUUUGAGGUCCUCUUGAUCUUUCUAGAUUUUAAUCAAGUCUCUCUGUGUUUAAAUCGAUGGCAAUGGCUAUUGCCGCAUUUUAAAAACUAGAAGCUGUAGCAUAGUGCACUGCAAGACUUAAAUAAGGAACAAAACUAAAUUAACUGUUAUAGACAAUUGUUCAUUAAUCUUCACAGUAACCCUCUUACAAGUAUUGUACAGAUUGCAUUUCUUUAAAGAGCAAACAAUGUACUUGUUUUGAAUAUCAGCUGUUGGGAAUCGCUAAGCAUUUAUGCGUGCACAUCACUCUGCAGCAGUCUUUUGGCAUAUAAAUGUGUCGUUGUCAGAUAAAGCCUCCUUUUGAGGGAGGAUAAGGUAAGAGGAGCUAUUGUGACACUGAAAAGGACUUAUGUUGCAGACACAACAGAUUGGGCUGCAUAGGUAUUUUAUAACAUACUGACUGGCUGAGCAGGUAUGCCCUGUGUUGCAUAGCUGCUGGUCCUUUCUCCAGCACUGAUAUGGGGGGUGCACUGGAGUUGUGCCCUGGAGAGACCUGGCAGUAGAUUCUUCUUAGUUCUGCACCUCAUACCUCUUCCUUAGAGCCUUCACAGUAACUGUGCAUUUUCCUCUUCUGCUAGGCUGCCUUCCUGCCCUUUGGGCUCAGCCUUUAUACCAAAACUGCUAACAAAAGCACAAGUAUGUGGUGUUGAAUGUGUGUGGAGGGCAGGGGAAUGGAGAUCCUGCUCUAAAACAGCACUCUGGCUAUUGGGCUUAGACAGUUCAUUAAUUUCUACUUCAGCUUCUACUUCAGCCAUUUCACAUCUGUGCAGCAAAGUCUCAGCAACUAGUGAACUACCUUGGAUUCACGGAGACAGCGUUGCCUCAUUUUCAGGCUUUGAUCCUAUAUGCACCAGUGCAUGUAUCACUUCAUACACUUUUUGCACUUAACAGAAAAAUGCAAGUUAGAUGGGCUUAGAGUGUGGCAAAAUUGCAAUGUUUGUACUUUUUUGUAAAUAUGGGGAUGAUUCUACAGAUACAAAGAUGCACUUUCAUGUAAUAGUGAAAACAAGUUAGUAGAAUGCAACUGUUCAGGAGUUUCUCUGACUGCAGUGUUCUUUGAUCCCCAUCCAUCUCCAAUACAGUGUUCUCAUUGAAAGCCUGCUUGGUAAUGAGAGAUGGUAUCUUCCUCCCAUCACAGUGUGCAUUUAUAGCUGGCUGACUGAAAGUUCAUAUAUAUUUUUAAACAAUUCUAGAUUGGCUGCUAUUUUAAGAUUUAGGUUUAUUAGACUGAUUUUUUAAUACAUAAAAGUAAUGUUAAAGUUUUAUUUAUAAUGUAGACAUUUACUGAUUUGACACGGCUUGUAGGAGAGAUCCAGCUCAAAGCCUUCAUUCCUUUUGCUAUUUAAUGUUUUGGGGUUUGUUUGUUUGGUUUUUUUUUUAACAGUGUAGCCAUUGUAUGUGUGGAAUGCAGUGAAAUGAAUGGAAAUUACUAAUCUUAACCUGCAGUUAGACCAGCAGUUUCAAUGUUUACAGGACAGUGACUAUUGAUUGUAAAUCCAUACCUGUUGGUUGAAACAGUGUAUUCUUUCCAUGUUUCUGCAUUGUUUCUGCUUCCUGUGAUAAUUAAUGAAAUAGUUGCCUUCUGGUUUAGAUUCCUGGUGAUGUCCCUUUGGAGAGAUUUAAAUGCAGAUUAUGACUUUUCUGCCAUGGACUCAUAGGACAGAACUUCUAUUGAUACAAGUGUUGUAUUGAACAAGUUUUCCGAAAGAUUGACCUUAUUUUUUGUGAAGAUAAUUUAUGAGGAUGUUUUAUAAGCAGAUCAACAUUGCUGAAAAAGUUGAAGUAUUGAAAUAAAUGUGUGUAGAUACUAAAAAUGCAUCCCAAAGCAAAGUAUUUUUAAUAGGGCACUGUUACUGGUGUAGUAAUCCCUUUGAACUCUCCUAGCAGCACCCCUAUUUAACAUGUCACUGUGCACACCUCAAGUGUGUUAUUUAGGAGACAACUUGAUUUCAGAAGAUGUGGCUUCAUUUAUAUUGUGCUUAUCCCAUAUUACACCCCUGGUGGCAACUCCUAGUAUACACAUCAGCUGUAGAAGGCAGAACUUUUCCCCCCUUACAAACUGAAGAGUGGAAGAGUGGUUGGAAUUGAAGGUUGAAGAGUGGAUAGCCUGGCCUUGGGCUUGGCUGCAGCAGUGUCACAAGUCUGGUGACUGCUGGGCACUUCCAGCCCUCCCUCGCUGUCCGCAGGGUGUGCCUCACAUUCGUCCUUUUGCUUUCUGAAGGAAGGAAGGCGCAAAUCGACAUGGGCCUGUGUCAGACAGAUAACAGCUUGCCUCGCCAUGGCAUCCCUUACUUUGUGCUGCUGAUCUUGCCAAAUUGGGUAGCAAGAGGUGCUUGAAGAAUUGCUGAGUAUUUAUUGUGUAAUUUUAGGUGCUUACAAAGCCUUCACUGCUAUUUUAAAGCAAAAUUCUGGGGAUCUGUAGCAUAGCAAUAGCUGUAUAACUCCAGCUUUCUGUACAUACCAAAAGCAAGUUAUCUUUGGGAUAGUUUAAUUAGCAAUGGUGUAGAUAGUAGCAAUCAAUACCUUGAAGUUACAAGUUCUGAUUAUUGGAAAGGAUCAUUUUCUGCUUUGAAUGCAAAGCAUCAGAGAGUUUGUAAUUCACUAUAGAUUUCAGCGUCCCUCCAAUUUAUGAACCACUUAUGAUGUCUUAAGUCUUCUCAAACUAUGGCUUAACUAUUGCUUGAAUAACUGUGUUUUUCACCUCUAUUUAAAUCGUCCAAUUUCAAUCAGCUUUAUGAAUGCUAUUUUAAGAUCAAGAUACUCUAAGAUGUCUUAUAGCGUUUCUUGUGAAUGUUCUAAUACAUUGGUAAUAAAACAUCCUGGCCCCAACAAGCUAAGGUAAGCAGACCAUUGAACAGUUUAAUUAUUGUCUAGUGCUUAUUCUUUGUGCAUCUGCCUAAUAAUUCUCAGAAAAAAAAAAAAAAAAAAAAGCCUAAGUAUAAGCAUUGAAGUGGUUGAAAACUGUUUCCACAUUGUGUGCCUCAAAACAAUAAUGCAUUAUCACACAUGUUUACUUGUGGAUUGGUCUCAGAAACACACUUUUAAUGAUGUAACUUGUUUCUCAGUGUCUGCCUUGCAAAUCACUAUGCUGCGGUAACUUGUCUACAAAUAACACACCUAGUAUACUAAUUGGUUUAAAAAAAAAAAAAAGUAAUUUAUAAAAGAUGGACUUUUCUCUUAUAUUUAAACAUCUGAUUGUCCUUGGGUUAUGUUCUUAGAAAAAUUAUAUAUAUAUUUUGCAAUAUGUGUUUUGUGUUUAAUUUGAUUGUACAUUUUGCACUGAUUUGAAAUUCUGUAUUCUGAGUAUUAUUUACAAGUUCCAGAGAUCUGUAACUAGAAUUUGUCUGUGAAAAAUACAUCAUCUCUUCUACCCUG